AUGUUCAUAAAGACGCCCAACGCCGUAGCGCGCACCUAUCCCGAAGGAGGCUUCAAAGCAUGGCUGGUCGUGCUCGGUGCGUGGUGCGCGUUGGUUCCAGCAUGGGGGUUGAUGCACACAGCUGGAGCUCUCCAUCUGUGGACCAGUACGCAUCAACUGAGGAGCUACGAGACGUCAAGCUACGGCUGGAUCUAUAGCGCCUAUGGGUUUUUCGUCUACUCGGCAGGGGCGCCAAUGGGAAUGAUCUUCGAUGCCUGGGGCCCAGCCUAUCUGAUCCUUGCGGGAUCCAUAGGGAUAGUGGUAUCACUGAUCUGCUUGAGUUUCAGCCAUGAGUACUACCAAAUCUUCCUUUCACUGAGUGUGCUGGGCGGAGUAUCAGCUAGCGCUCUAUCCACCCCGGCCAUCGCAACAAUCAGUUACUGGUUCGAGCGUCGUCGGGCCUUCGCUACCGGCGUCGCCUGCACAGGAGGCGGGCUCGGAGGCGUCAUCUUCCCCAUCAUCAUCUACUUCAUGGCACCGAAAAUUGGAUUCGGCUGGCCGAUCAGGAUCAUCGCCCUCAUCAGUGCUGCUCUGCUUCUUGUUGCGUGGCUUCUGAUCACGACUCCACAGCCCGUCAGACCAGAGGCGAUUGAAGGGCUGACUCUAAAGCCACUCAAAGACCCCAAAUUCACCGCCACAACCGCUGCAAUAUUUCUCACAGAGGCCGCAAUCCUCAUCCCCAGCACCUACAUCCCCUCUUAUACCGUGCACGUGGGGCUGAGUAACCUCAUCGCAUAUCUGCUGCUCGUCUUCCUCAAUCUAGCCACGAUCCCCGGCCGCAUCCUGCCCGCUCUCGCCGCAGACCGACUCGGCCGCUUCAACACGAUGAUCGUCACCACCCUCCUCUGUGCAAUCCUGACUCUGGCUUUGUGGUACAAAGCCGGCGACAGCCUGGGAGCGCUCGUGUGCUAUGCAGUGUUUUUUGGGUUCUGGUCCGGGGCAGCGCUGAGUCUGUCGCCGGUCUGCAUUUCGCAAACAUGCAGCGUAACUGAGUACGGGUGUCGGAGUGGCAUCGCGUACAGUAUCGCCAGCAUUGGGAUGCUUCUGGGGAUUGGGCUGACGGGGGUGAUCGAGCAGCAAAGCCAGAAAGGCCUCAUUGUGUUCACGGGAGUGUUGUUCCUUGCUGCUGCGGGGGCAUUCGUUGUUGCGCGGGGAGUGAGUUGUGGCUGGCUGUGCACAGCCCGGUUGUGAGAGUGAGCACCAGGCGUGCGACCAACCAUUUGUGUCUUGAGGCUGGACCUGGAGACUGAGGUGUCCUAACACA